AUGAAAGGUGAGGCCCAAGCGCACAAGCGCUACAUCUGCUCAUUUCCGGGGUGCGCGGCGGCCUACAACAAGCAGUGGAAGCUGGAUGCCCACCUGUGCUCGCACACGGGCGUCAAGCCGCACGCGUGUCCGCAAGACGGCUGCGACAAGUCCUUCUGCAGCCCCUACCACUUGACCCGGCACCAGCUCACCCACAGCGGCCUGCGGCCUUUUCCGUGCACGGUGGCGGGCUGCGCGGAAGCCUUCACCACCAGCUCCAACCGAGCGCGGCACUUAAACCGCGUCCACGAUGGCGCUCCAGAGACGAUGCCGUACGUGUGCGAGGCGGCCGAAUGCGGCGCCGCUUUCAAGAAGCGCCAGCAGCUCAAGGCCCACAUGAGCGAGCGCCACACACACGCUCCGGCUUACGCUUGCACGCACGACGGCUGCGACAUGCGCUUCACCUUUCCGAGCCGCCUAAAGCGACAUCUCAAGGUGCACCGAGGCUACUCCUGUGACCAAUCAGGCUGCACCUUCACAGGCUCCACCUGGACAGAGUACAUGAAGCACCGAAAGGAGCAGCACCGACCUAAAUUCUCAUGUCAGGAGUGUGGCAAGGCUUUCAAGGAUACCUGGUUCCUGGAGCAGCACCGGCGCGUGCACGCAGACACACGCCUGGUGUACCGGUGCCCACGCGACUCAUGUAACCGCUCCUUCACCACCACCUUCAACCUGCAGAGCCACCUGCGGGCCUUCCAUGACGAGCUCCGACCCUUCGCUUGCGACCACCCAGGGUGCGAGAGGACCUUCGCCAUGAAGCAGAGUCUACACCGGCACCGCGUUGUGCAUGACCCGCAUCGGAAGAAGAUGAUACGGCCCAAGAAGUCGCUGGCGUCCCAGUUGAGCGGAUUCAGCGACAAAAUGGCAAAAGGGCAGAUGAGCGAGCCACAGAAGCCCCCCGGGCCAGUGGAGCUGGUACAUCUCCUGCGGGACACGGCUCUGCUUGGUGGACCUCCUCAGGAAGUGUCUCCACUCACGCUGUAGAGCUUUUGUUUUUGAGAAAAAAAAAUUCAAAUCUCUAAAUCAUAUUUUUACCGUUUUGUACGGCAUGCACUGUAUGCAGUCAUCUUGAGUGAACUGAUCAAAAUGGGUUAAGUUUUUCCUCCUCAAAUAUAUUUUCAAAAAUAAAUUGUGGAAAAACUA